AUGGCGCGGGAAGAGUCCCUUCUUGCUCCUCGCGUGUCCUCUGACGAUGGUUCGUCGAUCCGAAAUGACGGGGAGGAAUACGCUCUCUUGACCGGCGAGCGAACGGCCACCGAAAACAAACGGCAAGCCUGGCCUUCCUGGCGGGAAAUUGGAGUGUUUUCCUGGGCUCUGAUUGCAACAAUUUUGGUAAUUGUUCUGGCCGUGCUCUACCCACACAAGUCAGCGGAGCCUCAACCCCAUCGUGGGUCAAACACGACCUGGGGCCCUGGAGGCAAGCCGACGGGCAAGCGGAACAUGAUUUUCAUGGUUUCUGACGGCAUGGGUCCUACUAGUCUCUCGCUGACUCGAAGCUUCCGGCAAUACACGCAUGAUCUGCCGUUCGACGACAUUCUGGUCUUGGAUAAGCACUACAUUGGAACUUCGCGAACACGCUCAAGCUCUAGCUUGGUAACAGACUCUGCCGCUGGAGCAACCGCCUUUUCAUGCGGUCGCAAGAGUUACAAUUCUGCCAUCUCAGUGCUCCCCGACCACUCGCCCUGUGGGACCGUGCUCGAGGCGGCUGCGUUGGCGGGCUAUAAGACAGGACUGGUUGUGACUACUCGCCUGACGGAUGCGACUCCAGCAUGCUUUGCCGCGCAUGCUAAUCUGCGGAACUACGAAGAUCUGAUUGCCGCCCAAGAAGUUGGAGAACACCCUCUCGGCCGGGUCGUAGAUCUUAUGCUCGGCGGUGGACGAUGCCAUUUUUUGCCCAACUCAAAGUCUGGCAGCUGUCGUGGCGAUGAUCACGAUUUGAUCAAGGUUGCUUCUCAGAAUGGAUUCGGUUAUAUCGAUGACCGUGCAGGCUUCGAUAGCCUCAAGGGCGGCGAUAACGCCACUUUACCGCUGCUAGGCCUUUUUGCUCACGGAGAUAUCCCGUAUGAGAUUGAUCGACGUACUCAGAAUGAGACCUAUCCCUCUUUAGAGGAGAUGACUCGCACUGCCCUGAAGGCCUUGAGCAAAGCCACCGAGGACAGUGAACAAGGGUUCUUCGUCCUGAUCGAGGGCUCUCGCAUCGACCAUGCCGGCCAUGGCAAUGAUCCUGCCGCCCAAGUUCAUGAGGUAUUGGCAUACGACAAGGCAUUUGCUGCCGCACUCGAGUUCCUAGAGAAUGAUCCCACCCCUGGCGUAAUUGUGAGCACAUCCGACCACGAGACCGGUGGUCUUGCCGCAGCACGACAGCUGCACAAGAGCUAUCCCGAGUAUUUAUGGCUUCCGAACGUCCUGGACAAGGCAAGCCACUCUGGCGAAUACCUUGCUGCUCGACUUAAAGAAUAUCAUUCUGGCCCGGGCAAGGACGCCAAGGAUUCGACUAAGCAGUCCUGGGUCCGGGAACACCUUCUCAAGGAUGGGCUUGGCAUCGAUGAUGCUACAGACAAAGAAGUAGAUGCCUUGCUCCACCCGGAUCCACAAGUCACUCCGGCAUAUGUGUUCGCGGAUAUGAUCAGCCGCCGCGCCCAGGUCGGCUGGAGUACUCAUGGACAUUCUGCUGUUGACGUCAACAUCUACGUGUCGUCUAGCAAGGAUGCUUGGCCAUUAGUUGGAAACAACGAGAACACCGAUGUCGGAAACUUCCUCGCUGACUAUCUCGAUCUCAAUGUCGAAAAUGUCACGAAGUUGCUACAAGACACCAAGUCUGGAGCCUUGCAAUCAUACGACUGGAUGGGCGACCGCCUGGGAUUGAACUUCCAUACUGAUGGAUUAGACACUUACCAUGGAGACUUUAGGAAGCGAUCAGCCGAUGAUUGUGGAUGUGGUGCUGCGCACUAA